AUGUCAACAGCAGCAGCAGCAGCGGCUUCAGGAAGUGCGCCACUUGUGCAGCCACCGCUGCAGCCGCCGUCAUCUCUGCGUAUUGUUCCUGGACUUGGGUCUUUGCCUCUCGGAAGUGCUGCGGUAGGCGUGCAACAGCAACAGCAACAGCAACAGCCCAACACGUAUUCCCCUUACAACACAACGACAUUAUCCAGUAAUAACAACUACAACUACAACAAUAAUAGCAACAAUAAUAACGUUAACGGUACGAGUGUUCUGCAGAAUUCUGCCUCGCAAGUGCGCCGCGUUUGGGUUCAACGAGCCGGUCAUGUCGCUACCUCUGUGUUUGUAUUAGAGCAUGAUCUAGUUGAUGAUUUGAAGACUUUGGUGUACCAAAGGUUCCCGCAAUCGAUUGGGCGUGCACUAGAUCCUGCAGACAUUGUAGUGCGUGUUCGUAGCCAAACUACACCGGUUCAAACUAGACAACAGUCUUUGGGAAUCCCGCAGGCCCGUGGUGGUAGACAGCCUCGAGCAUCACAGGGCCACGCGAAAUCCAUGUCGCAACCCAACAUUGGGCUUUCAAACAGACCAGGGUCCCCUGCGCCAUCUUUGUUACCUACGGGUCCUGUUCAGAGUCCUCAACAACAGGCUCAGGAAGAUGUGUGGGUUGCUUUGGCUCCCGAUAUGCGCGUGUUUGAUGUGCUAGAACAACAUUUUUCCGGCUCACAAAUGCCCGCAACCGCUGCGUUUCUCAUAGACGUGCCGGCCGUUUCUCCGCUGGUAUUGUCCCAGCCGCCUAUACCGCAACUCGUGCAACAGCUUGGAACGGCUACUACUUCAACGGUGGCUGUGCCUGCAACGGCAUCUCAACCAGGAGGAGGGGGGCUUCAGAGCCCUGCGUUGCAGGUCACAGGUGCUAAUGCUGUGGGUCUUGCGACCCCCACGUACGGGUUCCCUCCGCUGACACCUGUUGUUUCUGCGGGGCCUGGGAGUCUCAACGUGACACCUGGAACACCCACCAUCAUGGCUGCGGUUGUCGCUGCCCCUAAUUUUGUAUCCAGUGGAAGUGCUGGAGUAUCUGGUCAGCUACAGCAGGAGAGUAGCAGCGGCGGCAACGGUGGCGAUGUUUCCGAAGAAUCCGAAACAAAGGAUGCAGGCGUAGAGCAUCAUCAUAUUCUUCAAAGUGGUAUUAGUGAAGAAAUUGAAACAACAUUGAGUAGUGGUCCAGAUUCGCCUGAUUUUGGAUCGUCAAUACAAAGCGGCCCAGAGUUGAUGAGUAAUUCGGCACAAGUAGCAGCAGCAACCGGUGCUGCACCUCUCACACACACAAAGACAGAUAGUGUUGGGAGUAGCGCAAGCACGGCCAGUGGUUUGUCAUUUAUGAGUGGAGCAUUUGGUGAUGCCGAUGAUACUUCUACACUGACGCCGAUAGCAACGUUGACAAACAAGACUGGAAGUAAGCAUGGCAGCAUGAGUUCUGGGAGCACUAGUUCUGCAGGCGUCACAGGCGGCGGCAGUGGCAGUGCUGGAAGCACCAAGAAGAGUGGUGUGAUUCUAAUACCCAACAAGUUCAAAGCUCAGAUGGGGGGAUCUGCAGGUGCUGGAACUGUACCAUCGUCAGGAAGUGCAGGUUCUGGGAAACGUGGUAGCUCAGUUGUUAGUAGUGGAGAGCACGGAGGAACAAAGUCAUUGGCAGCUGCAGCUGCAGCCCAGCGCGUGACGUCAGUUUCCUCAGGCAAUUCAGGACCCUCUUCACCAGUUGGCGCGCGACGGGAUCACAGUAAACGUGGAGGUGGAGGCUCAAUAGCUGUGGCUACUGCGCAGGCGCAGGGAGCUUCCGGUUCCAACGGCUCAACACGAUCGUUUAGUCCUUCAAGCGGUCGGCCUUCUGGACUUUCGCGAACUCCCUCGAGCGCUAGCUUAACUAAGGUGCGAGCCAAGUGGAAUAGCGGUGGCGGUGGGUCAUUGCCUAAAACCCGGUCGUCGAUGAAUUUGUAUUUACAGCAAAAGGGUCAGUCAUCUCAGCAACAACAACAGCAGCAACAACAAGCACAUCCUCCAACCACAAAACUUUUAUCUACAUAUACUACUGUUGUUCCACAGGUCAAUGUGCUUAUUGUUGAAGAUAAUUUAAUCAACAUGCGGAUUUUGGAACGGUUUUUGCGGCAACGCAGCAUUCGGUCUGAUUGGGCAAAAAAUGGACGCGAGGCCAUUGACAAAUGGAGACAGGGUGGGUUCCAUUUGGUGUUGAUGGAUAUCCAGAUGCCUGAGCUGAGUGGACUUGAGGCAACUAAAGAAAUUCGGCGGCUGGAGCAAGCUAAUCGGAUUGGUGUGUUUACAACAAACGAGAGCAGCAGCAGUAGCAGCGGUCACUCUGCAGCAGCAGCAACAGCUACAACAAGCACGAGUGUGAUUGCACCGGAAGAUAUACUUGACACCAAGGUGUUUAAAUUCCCUGUGAUUAUUGUGGCGCUGACUGCGUCGUCUGCACUUUCAGACAAAACAGAUGCGUUGGCGGCUGGAUGCAAUGAUUACCUGGUCAAGCCCGUAAAUCUCAAAUGGUUGUGGCAAAAGACAAUUGAGUGGGGGUGCAUGCAAGCUUUGAUUGACUUUGAAGGAUGGAAGCAUUGGGUAUCCAAGGCUCCACCAUCGAUAUCUAAUGGUGAAUCUGGGGCAACUACAACAGGUUCGACAACAUCGGGUACUUCCAAAACAGCCGCAGCAACUGCAACUUCAUCGGAAACGUCUGCGACCUCAGCUGGGCUGACGCAGGGCUCGUCUUCUAAUAUUCGACGACCGACUACAUCCAGUUCUUCAAACGCGAUUACAAGUAAUGGUAAUAUGAGCAGUGGUGGCAGUGGUAGCAGCAGCAGCAACAGCAGCAGCAACAACAACAAUUCGCCAGGUCUGGGACGUAAAAAGACUAUUGAUCGACCAAGAUCGGCAUCCCGUGCACGCGAAAACCGGGUAGUGAGCAGUGGAGGGGUUAACCGUAUUGGCUCAGCGCUCCAUGGUGCUGCUUCGCCUGGAUCGUCUGGGCUGUCACCUAAACUAAGUUCUGCUGAGAGUCCUGGGUUUAACUCAAACAGCAAUGGUAGCAAUGGCAGCAUCAAUCACGCUGUUUCUGCACCGAUUGCGAUUCCUGGACGGUCGCGGUCAUCGAGCUCUGCAAGUGGAGUUGGCAAUAAUACUCUUGGUGCUUUCCCGCGCAGUUCAAGCUUGCUGUCUGCCAAUGGAGGCAUUCUAUGUGGCGCGGUAACUCCUGCAGCUGUUUCUGCAGCGGUAACUACAACGGCAACUACCACGGGGACCAUCACAGUAGUGGCUUCGACGUCUUCUGGCUUAAACUCACCGUUUUCUUCAUCAUCACCCUCGACGUCGUCAUUGUCAGCCACAAAAGGCUCGACACCAUUGGCAUUAGGUGGACCGGGGUCCUCGUCGUCGAGCUCGUCGUCACCUUUGCGGAGCCCGACCGCUGUGGUAUUGGCGCGUGCGUGUCGAGAAGCUGCUACUGCGACUGGUGACGGCAACAUUUAA